AUGGUCCACUGUUUGAACUGUUUCUCAAAGAAAAAGCCCGUGGACGUUGACGCUAGCGAUCCUCCCCGACUCCACCGGCCUAACGAAGACGAGAACGCGGCAAACAAAGGCAAAAUCGCGACUCCGACGCGCGUUGCGCCUCUGGAGAGACAUGCCAAUACUUUGAAACCUCAGAAAGAAGAUUCUACGAGUCAGAAUGAUGAUUGUAAGCGGAGAGGCGCGACGGAGUCCGAAGCAAAGCCCGUGCUUGGUCAGGGCGUGCAGCCUGCGUCUCAGGCCGACAGUCCUGGCGAUUCCAAAUCUCAAUCUGAGAAUGGAAUCGAAUCCCGGAAACACAAUCUUUGGGAAUUGGCAGAGAAUAGGCUCGACGAGGAUUGCAAGAAAUGGCUGAAGAGGGAACCAGCCCGGCCAAUCGAGCAAGUCAUCGAGGACACACGAAAGCAAGCAGAGGAGAACUACAAGCAAGUCAAGAUGGGUGGACUCGGAACUCGACAGAAGGAGGGGACCCGUGAUGCACGCGAGGUAUCAAAGAAGAUCCUCAUAUUCACUUUGCAAGCCCAAGACUUGAUCGGGGCAGUUGCAACUUUUGAUCCAACUGGUCAUGCUUCAACUGCAUGGUCGCUGGUAUCAUUUGGGCUUACACUAAUCCAAAAUGACAUCGAACGACGUGACGCACUCAUGGAAGCAUCGGAAUUCCUCGCUGGUGUUCUGUCCUAUCAUACCAUCAUUGAAAAUAACUACCGGUUGGAAAAUGCACAAGCAAACUCAGGAUUGGAGGAUGCACUUGUGGAGGUUUAUGUCGCAACUCUCAAGUAUACUGCCGAAGUGCAAAUGGCAAAUAACGAGAAGUUCGGAUCGCGCAUCUGGAAAAGUAUCACUGCUCUGGUUGAAAAGCCGUUGCAGGAUCUCAAGGAAGUCGUUCAGAGUACGAGUAUGGCCGUUGAUCGGUGGAAGAUGUUAGUUCGAGACGAGGAGCAAAGGAAGAAUGCAGAACGUAUCUUGGAAACUCUCAAUGAAGAAGUGAUCAAGGACUUACGCGACAUCUACUCGCGAGUUCGCAACAAGGAGGAGCUAGAAAUUCUUGACUGGAUAUCUGCAAUCCCAUAUUCCAGAUUUCAGAAUGACAAGCAGAGAAGCCGAUCGGCCGACACUGGAAAUGGGCUACUCGAGUCGAAAGUAUAUACCGAUUGGAAGGCGAGUCCAGGGGACAUUCUAUGGUUGAGUGGUGUUGUGGGCUGUGGAAAAUCAGUGCUUUGUUCCACAAUCAUCCAUGACCUUGAGAGAUACUGCGACGGGACCAACUUCAACUUGCUUGCAUACUGGUACUUUGAUUUCAGCGACGAAAGAACGCAAUAUGUUGAGAACAUGGUUGGAUGUCUCAUCCGUCAGGUCGCUCCAAGUCCUUUGCCAACCUCCAUACGAAAAUGGUGGGAUGACCGCACAAAGAAUAAACAGCCGGACUAUGCACAGCUCCUGGAGGGCCUAGAUGAAUUAAUCCAUCAAUUACCCGGAGAGCUAUUCGUGGUAUUUGACGCUCUGGAUGAAUGUCCUCGGGGACCCAGGGGAGGUGAAAGAGGUCUUUUGCUUAAGUUCAUGAUAGGCUUGAUGAGAAAGCACCGAAGCAAACUUCAUCUUCUCGCGACAAGCCGGCGGGAACCUGACAUCUCCGAAAAGAUGAAAGGCUAUACAAAUUUCGAUAUUGAGGAUAUCCUGAAUGGUGAUGUUGAGACCUUCAUCAGGAGCGAACUCAAAGAUGGAGAAUUGGGACGAUGGAGGGAUGUUGACCCAUCUGUUCAUGCAGAAAUUGAGAACAGAAUUCUGAACAUUCCUGAACGGCGGUUCCGAUGGGUUGACUUGCAAGUCAAACGACUCGAGAACUAUCACACAUCCUUCGAUAUUUACGAGGCGUUAGACUCCAUACCAGAAUCUCUUGAAGAGUCAUAUGAGCAGAUUCUGGCAGGGAUUGAUGAAAGGAAUCGAGAUAAAGCCCGCACAAUCCUCAUCUGGCUCAGCUUCUCUCUGGGGCCGCUGGCAUUAGAUGCCGUUGCUACCGUCGCGUCCCUUCCAAUUCGCAAAAGCGUUGUUGAGAUUUGUACAACAGCACUGGUGUCUAUCAAUGCGGAAAAUAUCAUUCGCCUGGCUCAUUUCUCCGUCAAGGAGUUCCUGAUUUCUCAGCAUGCCCGAGAAAAAGCUAGCUUCUUCCACCUGUCUACGAAACUUGGACAUCCGAUCAUUUUGGAUCGAUUACUUUUGGAGCUCCAUUCUUGCAGUGAUACUCGUCUGGAUGAAUUCAACUGUCAAGACAACGCACUGUUGGACUAUGCGGCUCGGUUUUGGGACGGGCAUAUGAAGGAGUGUUGUGGCUCGAUGCCACCGAAAGAUCUUCAGGAAAAUAUUGAUCAUCUGUUUCUUCACCGACAGUGCUAUUUCAAUUGGAUUCGACUCAGAGACGAUGGUAAUGACGGUUAUCGAAAAUGGUACAUGGAUCACAACGAGUUUCCCCUCCCUCUUCUGAUGGCCUCAAAGUUGGGCCUCAUACGAACAGCCAAAAGCCUAUUGGAGAAGGGGGAAACACCGGCCGAGGAGUGGCAUGAUGACAGCGCAUUCUGCUCUGCUGCCAAAGAGGGUCAUCUAUCACUAUUGGCUUUGUUGUUACAGGGCAAUCAGAAGCCAAAGAGGCCACAGAUAAUGAUGGAACAUAUCGAUCAUUCAAAAGAAGGGGCUGAUUUACUGGAAAGGAUUGUUGACACACUUUGGGGGAUGGGUGUGUUGUUUGAACUGCAACCUGAUGGGACUAGCGAAAUCAGUUGGGACGUCGCGUGCUCUGCAGCAAACAACAGAAAAUGUGGACCUCUCUUGGUUCAACUGCUCCUUGAUCGAACUGGAGACGCAGUGAAGUUCGGCUUGGACCCAUUUCUCUGUGGCGCGGCAGAAACCGUGCAUCUGGAAGAAAUCUUAAAGAUGGUGCUAGACCGACAGGAUACAGCAACCGGGUCAUUGGAACGUGCGAUCGGUGGGCUCGCGCAAGCUACGAUGAGCAAACCCGAACUGGCGAGUCUAUGGUUCCCACUCCUCAUAAAGCCCGGGUAUCGGGAACAGCACCUCUUGGAAACUGUUGCGGAAGAGUUCGAUGUUGAGCUCAUGAAGGCCUUUAUCCAAGUCUAUGAACAUAGGAUCUUGGUCACAGACCGGAUUCUGACUGCUGCUGCCUGGAAUCGGCGAGAUUCAAGGACAUUUGGCUUAUUGCUCGAAGCCAAAGACCCCGAGACCGAGAUAAGCCAUAUCCUCUUCCGCGCUGCCACUGUAAACAAAGUUCAGGGAUUUUCAAUAUUCAAGAUCCUGCUUGAUGAAUGUGGUCCGGACCGCUUGAUUGGGGAGGAUAUCAUGAUGAAAAUGCUCGAUCAUUGCUCAGACGGAAUCAAUAUCAUGAAAGAACUUGUUCGCAGACAACAGCUGGUGUCUGUUUCAGAGAGAGUACUGGUCGAGGCCGCGGCCACAGGGAGUGUAGAACACAUGCAACUCCUGGUUGCCAUGGGUCGUCCGAAUAUCUCUACCAUGGAGACUGUACUGCAUGAAGUACUGGAGCAGAGCUCAUGGGUGGCAAGCGAUAUAGGGACCGUGGUAGAGUAUAUACUUGGCAUUCUUGGACCUGAGUAUACUGUGCCUGAAUAUUUCCUAUGCGUUGCUGCUCAGAACUCCAGAAUGAGCCAGGGUGCAAUGUCGAUGCUUCUCGACCGAUCAUCCUUUUCCAGUGUACCGACCGGGGUUUUCGAGUUUGCCUAUCAGAAUCCUCUCGCCAUGGAAAUCCUUCUCAAUCGAAAUCAAAAUGAGGCGCCUGUUCAGCAAAUUGUUCAACGCAUACUCGACAACCCCUUUGCUGGCGGGGAAGUCAUUCAGCUUCUUAUCGACCGGGGCAUCCUUUCUGUCAAUGAGCAGCUAGUCGAAACAUUCGCAACACAUGCGAACGCUUUGGAAACUCUCCUGGCCCACAACCCAAAGCUCCGAGUUACCCAAAAGGCAUUUGAAACCGCAAACGUAUUUCAGGCAAUGCGUAUUCUUCUGAAAUUUGAAAAUCUGGACUUUUCGGUUUCUGAGGAAAGGGUCAAAAGAAUCGUUUCCUACGCCCGUAAUAACGAGGAAUACAAUGCAGGACAUAUCUUGAUUUCGCUUCUCGGUCGCUUAGGAUCCAAAGUGCCCAUCACUCAAGAUAUCCUUCUGGCUGCAGCUCAUUCACCUUCAUACUUUGCUAGAACCACCCGUAUUAUGCUGGGAGAAAAUCGUCCCUUGGAUCUUCAAUCAUUCUGGGAGCAUCUAUGGCAGGAUGGCUGCAGGUUCAGUGAGCAAAUAUCGGAUGCUUUAUUGGAGCACACCACUUUGGAGAUUUCCGAAGAAAUGCUGGAGAAAUUUCGAAUUCCUGAGACCUUGCCUAGUGAGCAAGGCUCGGCUGGCGAUCAAAGUUCAUCAGAUGAGAAAAGCUCAUUUGACGAGCGAAUCAUAUCUGACAAGCAGAGCACAUCUGACAAGCCAGGCUCAUUUGAAGAGCAAAGCACAUCUGACGAGCAGAGCACAUCUGACAAGCCAGGCUCAUUUGGCGAGCAAAGCACAUCUGACGAGCAGAGCACAUCUGACAAGCCAGGCUCAUUUGGCGAGCGAAUCACAUCUGACAAGCAGAGCACAUCUGACAAGCCAGGCUCAUUUGAAGAGCAAAGCACAUCUGACGAGCAGAGCACAUCUGACAAGCCAGGCUCAUUUGGCGAGCGAAGCACAUCUGACCAGCAAAGCUCAUUUAUCGAUCAAGUGUUAUUUGACACCGCAAGCACCGGUGUAUUUGUAGGAUCAAAUGAAUCAAAUGAAUCAAAUGACGGGUUGAACAUCGAGCAUGACUUCUUGGCUCGAUUAAUCUGGUUCUUAGUGGAGCGCAACAUCGCUAUUCCCCAAGGAGCGAUGGGAAUCAUUAUGGAGAGAGGACACCUCAAAACAAUCAUUGCCGUUCUCGACCACAACCCACAUAUCAACAUCACAGAGGAACUGGUCAAUACUGCAAGGAAGAACCUCGACUACUAUGAUAUCCUAUGGCUUCUUACCAUAUUUCCACAAGCGCAGCAGUCCGAAGAUGUUGGCUGUGUCACCCAUUUGCCCCAGAAGCGUGAGGAGCGCUUUAAGCGCGUAAACGCAGACUUUGCACCCACGUUCUGGAUGGUUUGA